GCUGCAACGGAUGGACGCUUACCGUGGGGAGCCACAUCAACGAGGGACUGCUUUACUCUACAGUUAGCUUUCAAUGGGAAAUAGCGACAUUUUUUCAACCUGAGGACAUUUCAUCUGGGCGAAGAAGCAAUUUUUCUUUCUUUUUUGUUUUAAAGAAGUCGAUUCGCUUCCCUUUUCUUCCCCUCAACACACACACAAACAGAUCGAUUGCCCGUCGUAUGAAAAAGGGCGUGUGUUCGGGGUGAGGGGUAGUUUGUUGAAGAUUUCAUGAGGGUAUUUAUGGUGUGCUAGAUAUUCUUUUUACACACCACCUGGGUCUGAAGGACGUAGUGGAGAAUGGGGUGCACGUUGAGUACCGAGGACAAGGCGGCGGUGGAGCGCAGUAAAAUGAUCGACAGGAAUCUGCGGGACGACGGGGAGAAGGCGGCCAGGGAGGUCAAGCUGCUGCUGCUCGGUGCUGGGGAAUCAGGGAAAAGCACAAUUGUCAAGCAGAUGAAAAUCAUCCAUGAAGCGGGUUACUCAGAAGAGGAGUGUAAGCAGUACAAGGCUGUGGUCUACAGCAACACCAUCCAGUCCAUCAUCGCCAUCAUCAGAGCCAUGGGACGUCUCAAGAUCGACUUCGGUGAAGCCGCAAGAGCCGACGACGCCCGGCAGCUUUUCGUCCUGGCCGGCUCGGCGGAGGAAGGCUUCAUGACGGCCGAGCUCGCCGGCGUCAUCAAGCGACUCUGGGUGGAUCGGGGAGUCCAGGCCUGCUUCAGCCGCUCGCGCGAAUAUCAGCUCAACGACUCGGCGGCAUACUACUUGAACGAUCUGGACAGGAUAUCCCAGCCCACUUACAUCCCGACCCAGCAGGACGUCCUGAGGACCCGAGUCAAAACCACGGGCAUCGUAGAGACGCACUUCACCUUCAAAGACCUUCACUUCAAAAUGUUUGACGUCGGCGGUCAGCGAUCUGAGAGGAAGAAGUGGAUCCACUGCUUCGAGGGCGUGACGGCCAUCAUCUUCUGCGUGGCACUGAGCGACUACGACUUGGUGCUGGCCGAGGACGAAGAGAUGAACCGAAUGCACGAGAGUAUGAAGUUGUUUGACAGCAUCUGCAACAACAAGUGGUUCACAGACACUUCCAUCAUCCUCUUCCUCAACAAGAAGGAUCUGUUUGAGGAGAAAAUCAAGAAGAGUCCCCUCACUAUCUGCUACCCUGAAUAUGCAGGCUCCAACACGUACGAGGAAGCGGCUGCCUACAUCCAGUGUCAGUUCGAGGACCUGAACAAGAGGAAGGACACCAAGGAGAUUUACACCCACUUCACCUGCGCCACAGACACCAAGAACGUGCAGUUCGUCUUCGACGCCGUCACCGACGUCAUCAUCAAGAACAACCUGAAAGACUGCGGUCUUUUCUGAGCGACGAGAACGACCUGCUUUUGAAGCGUUGGUGCCAGGGUCGAGCUCUGCCUCUCCUCCCAUCAUUCUUUCAUGUCUCGUCUCUCCUCAGGCGGUGGAGCCAGCUCAUUGUGCAUCUUUUGUAGAGGAUGAGAAGAGGAUCAGUGAUGGACCAGUGCUGUACUAUAUGCCACUUUUAACAGCUUUAUUUAUGUUUCUGUCUCGGAACAUUCUCAACUAGCGUUAUUACAUUUGUGUAGGCUGUUUGUAUCAACGUAAAAGCGUCACUUGUUUGUUUGGUUUUUUUUUUCUUUCUUUUUUAAUCUUUGUUUUUAAUUUCCAAGGAGUAGAGAUUACAGCGUUCUUUGCCGCCAUUUCUGGAAACGGAAACCUUGCCAUUGGUUGGAAAAUCUCCUCUUUUUUUUUUUCCUUUCUUUUCCCAAAACAAGAAUGGAGGAAAGCGGAACAAUUCCGAGUCCAGUUCGUUGGUACCUGUGCCUUCGCAUGCCUUUUACUGCGGUCAUAGUCUCGAUGCUUGUUCUGUUGCCUGCUGAAGUUGUUCUAUACAUAAAGACGUAAACUGUUUUCAUACUUUAGUGUCUCUACUAUCUUCUUUGUGCACAUCACUGAGCUGUCAGGAGGGGGAAAAUAUCUGUAGGUUCAAGGCAAUCAACAUGUAGCCUCUUCAGUCCGUUUAGCCCCGCCCCCUUUGCAUUCCACCUGUCAUGUCAUUCAAAGGCCUUUCUGGCCAAUCAGAGCUCAACACUGAGAUGUAUAUUGUUACAUUUAGCCCACGAAUCUGGGGCUCUGGUUUUUAAACUGUACAAAAAAAACUAUCAAAUGUUCCCAAUUAUUCAGAAAGCGGUUAGUCAAGGCACUGAGCGUUUAAUACACUCAAGUAUUUUAAGUACAGAGACCAGGUUUGUUGCAUUUUAUUGUAUAUUUUAACAUAUUUGGAGAAGAGUUUAGAUGGUUGUAAAGUUGAGGGUGAAGCGAUGUAAGCCAUUUUGGAUUUUUGAGUAUGUGAGGAAAGCAUUCCCUGUAUUUUAAGAGAAGUGUGACAGUCAGGUUGUUUCUCUGCGGUCCAGAGGAGAGACCACACACACGCGCACACACACACACACACACACACACACACACACAAACAAGCCCCGGUCUUUUCAUGUAAAGAAACUGCCACAACUGUCAGUGUAUGUGUAUGUUCUUCAUGUAAAGAGAAUCUUUGUAGACUCAUCUCCCUUAUUUUGUUAAUAAAAACCAUUUACAAACCAUGAA